GUUUCCGUAACUUGUUCCUAUAAUAUCUUAUUAUAAUACAAUUUUUUUAAUUGCAGUAUGCAAAGUGUCAUAUGUUUUAUUUGUUUAGCUGCAUACAGUACAUGUGACAUUUUAGACCAAGAAGAGAAACAACGUGCUCGGUAUAUAGAAUUUAUAGACGAUGAUGGCGUCACUCACCUGCUGGACACCAAACCAAAGCAACGAAUCAGUUACAGAAGCUGGUAUAUGAGGGAUUUUGAUACGGUUAAUUUUUUACUUUAUACCAAAAGAAAUAAACUGUUACCUCAACCACUGGCCGUAGGUGAUAUAAGUGCAUUGAAGAUCUCAAAUUUUAGUCCUGAAGUGUCUACAAUAUUCAUUGUACACGGUUGGUGGAGCGGUCCUAAUUCAGGUCCUAAUCCUAUUAUCAGAGAUGCUUAUUUAACAGAGAUGGAUGUAAAUGUUAUAGUAGUAGAUUGGAGUGAGGGCGCCAAAAACCCGGACUAUUAUAAAUCAGUGAACAAAGUCCCUGGUGUUGGUAGGCAACUGGCUCAAUUCAUCAUGUUUCUGAAUAAAGAGACUGGAGCCUCUUUUGACGCCAUGCAUUUGAUUGGUCACAGUUUAGGCGCUCACGUUGUUGGUAACGCAGGAAGAGGUUUGGGGGGUAAUAAGGUUGCACGGAUAACAGCAUUAGAUCCAGCUGGUCCUUUAUGGGCAGACAAUCCUGAGAGACUACAAAAAACGGAUGCACAUUAUGUCGAGGCUAUUCACACCAACGGUGGUCCCGCCGGCUUGGGGACUUUGAAAGAAUGGGGAUUGGCUAAUUUUUACCCCAAUGGGGGUAUCAUACAACCUGGAUGUUAUUUACCAACCUGCAGCCAUAGCAGGUCGUUUGAACUCUUCGCUAGUACUGUGAAGUUCAAUAAUUUGAUGGCAAGGAAAUGUUUUGGGAUAGCAGCUAUGCUGUUUAACUUUUGCAACGGUGAACUAUCUUCAUUGGGCAACAGCGAUUUAAUGAAAUCGGGAUCUGGAAUUUAUAGGCUACUUAAGUAUUUUAUUUCAUCUGUUUCAGUGUUUGCUGGUAUAGAAGAUCUAUUUGAUUGGAAAUUUAAAAUACCAAUUUUUCACGAAUUUCUACAUACAAGUGAAACAAAAGAUAUCGAAGAAAACAUUGAUUCCAAUUUGAUUGAUAAAAUCAAACAAAGUGCUGCAGACAAUUUUUACUUUUUGUAUACCAGGAAAAAUCCAGUGAUUCCCCAAAUAUUACAAUUUGACAACGUUUCCUCAUUCGAAGUAUCCAAUUUUGAUAAAAAUCUUCCUCUAGUUGUACUGGUACAUGGAUGGACUGGUAACCAAAAUGCUAAUCUGAACCCGGUUUUACGAGAUGCGUUUCUUACGAAGAGCGAUGUGAACGUUAUCGUAUUUGAUUGGUGUCGCUUAUCGUUUUCUAAUUAUGUGACGUCAGCCGCUGGCGUCCCUCUUAUCGGCCAGGGUCUUGGCACAUUUCUGGCCUUUUUGAAUUUGAAAUUUGGAAUACUGUAUGAGGAAAUGCAUCUGGUUGGUCACAGCUUAGGCGCGCAUGUUGUGGGUAUGGCCGGUCGGGAGGUCGGCGGGAAAGUUGCUAGAAUUACUGGCUUAGAUCCAGCUGGUCCACUCUGGUACUUUAACUCACACCGAAUCAGCAAAGAAGACGCAAAGUAUGUGGAAAUCAUCCAUACCAACGCUGGUCUGUCUUCUCUCGGUAUUGCCUGGGAGGUGGGGCACGUGGACUUUUACCCCAACGGCGGGAAUUCCCAGCCUGGGUGUGACACCCAACUGUGCCAUCAUAAUAGAGCCUGGGAAUUAUAUGCAGCCACAAUAUUACAUGAACAUUUAUAUGGAAAGGAGUGUGAGAGCAAAGUGCAUAUGACGUUGGAUAUUUGUGAGGGGAAGAAGUUUAUUAUGGGCACUCAUGAUAUUAAAAAAACUGGAUCUGGAAUUUAUCGACUAAAUACUGACAUGUACUUUCCAUAUAAGGCAUUAAAUGUUUAAAAAAUCUUUAGUAUGGAAACUAAAAUAUAAUAUGUUUGAGCAAAAAAAUUAAAUGUCUUUUCUUAUUUUACACGCUAUCGGGUCUUAUACGCCGGUCUGAAAAGUCUAUCAAAGUGGGUUGUACAAGAAAAAAUUUUUAAAUACAAACAAAAGAUCUGAUAUUUGCUCUCCUUAUCUAAAAGUAUUUUUUAAGGAAAGCUGCUGACAACAAUGAUGUUUUUGACUGCUUGUAUUGUGAAGAUGAGGAAUUAAGAAUGCAAUUGGGAAUACUGAUGUAAUAAAAAAAAAUAGAAAUACAUCAGAGGGAGAUGCUUUUUCUAUUACUUUGCUUACAAUAAGUAAUAAAAUUUAUGAAUAAUGUUUCAACAUUUACAACGUCAAAAAUAUGAAGUCACUUUAAAAAAAAUUCGCAAAUAUACAUGACUAUACUCCAAGGGUUGCAAUUCGACAAAAAAUGCACUGUAGUACAAAACUUGUCACUUAAU